CCUUGACAGCGGUCGUGGCGCCCUAUAAAGCUGCACGGGGACCAGGGGCUGCAGCGAGCGCAGUGCUGCACGGCCAGGCACCAUGAAGGCCCUCGUCCUGCUGCUCCUGCUGGCCCUCCUGACCCUCGGCCUCUGCCGCAGGGCUUCUGAGCGCUCCGUCAGCGCCGACGAGUCGCCCAGCUCCGAAGCCUUUAUCUCCAAACGUGCCAGCGCCGAGAUGGCGAGGAGACACAAGAGGAAUUAUGUCUAUGACAGCAGCGUCUACGGAGCUGCACCCGCGUGGAACCCACUGGAGGCCAAGCGCGAGGUGUGCGAGCUGAACCCCGACUGCGACGAGCUGGCCGACCACAUCGGCUUCCAGGAGGCAUACCGGCGCUUCUACGGCCCCGUUUAGCCCCUGCUGCGAUGCGGUCCCACGGGCGCUGUGCUCAGCCCCACCUGCCCCGGGCCACCCUCCAUUAAUGCUCCUCUCCAUUAAUUGUGGAAAGAAAUAAAGGUGCACACAGUGCA